UACACACGCGCGCGCGCAGACACAGAGACAGCGAAAAAGAGAAAGAGAGAGAGAGAGAGAGAGAGAGAGAGUAAUGGCAUGAAGCAUUAACAGCAGCAGCAGCACCAUCCUGACCAAAGCGCUUCUCUCUCUCACACACACACAGUGAGACACACUCUGAACUUUGGCAUCUGCUCUUGCUGAUUUGCGCUGAGAUCGGGAAAGAAAAACCCUUGCAGCGCCCCAGUUGAAGUGUUUUACGCGCGGACGCGCCGCGGCUGUCGGACAUGGGAGCGGAUUUAUGAGGAGCUUUUUAUCCGGAGCUUUGAUGGGAGUUGCUGUGUGUUUUUUUGCUCCUGUGCCGAAGUGAGCCAUGUUUCCUCCCUCUGCUCUCUGCUGCCUGGCUUUGCUGAUCACCGCGGCGCCGCUGCGAGGGACCAACUCACAGCAAGUGUGCACAGGCACAGAAAACAAACUGAGUACCCUAUCGGAUCUAGAGCAGCAGUACCGGACCCUGCGCAAGUACUAUGAGAACUGCGAGGUGGUGAUGGGCAACCUGGAGAUCACCAGUAUCGACCGGAGCCGGGAUCUGUCGUUUCUCAGGUCCAUCCGGGAGGUAACCGGAUACGUACUGGUGGCUCUGAAUCAGUUCGACUAUCUGCCUCUCGAGAACCUGCGCAUCAUCCGUGGUACACGGCUUUACGAAGACCGCUACGCCCUCGCCAUCUUCCUGAACUACCGCAGAGACGGCCAUUUUGGACUGCGCCAGCUCGGCCUCAAGAACCUCACAGAAAUUCUACACGGUGGUGUGUAUGUGGACCAGAAUAAGUUGCUUUGCCACGCUGACACCAUCCACUGGCAGGACAUCGUGAAGAACGCUCGUCCCGAUUACCUGGUGGUGCCGUCCAACAGCAGCAACACCUGUCAGAGGUGCCAUCGUGCCUGCAAUGGCCGCUGCUGGGGUCCGAAAGAGAGCCAGUGUCAGAGCUUGACUAAGACGGUUUGUGCUGAACAGUGUGAUGGACGUUGUUUUGGUCCGUAUGUCAGUGACUGCUGCCAUAAGGAGUGUGCAGGAGGCUGCUCGGGUCCCAAAGACACUGACUGCUUUGCCUGCACUAACUUUAAUGACAGUGGGGCGUGUGUGACGCAAUGUCCUCAGCCCUUCGUCUACAACCCCACAACCUUCCAACUGGAACACAACCCUCGCGCCAAGUACACAUACGGAGCCUUCUGCGUCAAGAAGUGCCCACAUAACUUUGUUGUGGAUCACAGCUCUUGUGUCCGAGCGUGUCCCAGCAACAAGAUGGAAGUGGAAGAGAACAAGAUCAAAAUGUGCAUUCCCUGCACUGACAUAUGCCCCAAAGCGUGUGAUGGAAUCGGGACUGCGAGUCUGCAAACAGCUCAGACUGUCGACUCCAGCAACAUCGACAGGUUUAUUAACUGCACUAAGAUCAAUGGCAACCUGGUGUUCCUCAUCACGGGAAUCAAAGGUGAUGUAUACCACAACAUCGAGGCUUUGGAUCCAGAGAAACUGAACGUGUUCCGCACUGUUCGGGAGAUCACCGGUUUCCUGAACAUUCAGUCAUGGCCAGAAAACAUGACGGACCUGAGUGUCUUCUCGAAUUUGGCAACCAUCGGUGGCCGAUCGCUCUAUAGUGGAAUUUCUCUGCUGGUGCUCAAGCAGCAGUGGAUUUCAUCUCUGCAGCUGCAGUCUCUGCGUGAGAUCAGCGCCGGCAACAUCUAUAUCACCAACAACAGCCAGCUGUGCUAUUACAACACCAUCAACUGGACCAGCCUCUUCCGCAUCCCCACACAAAAAGCCCUGAUCCGCAACAACAGGGACCCGAAAGAGUGCAUUAUGGAGCGCAUGGUGUGUGACCCGUUGUGUUCGGACGCCGGAUGUUGGGGUCCCGGUCCGGAUCAGUGCCUGACCUGUCGCUUCUUCAGCAGAGGGCGCAUGUGUGUGAAGUCCUGCAACCUGCACUACGGGGAGAUGCGAGAGUUUGCGAAUGGUUCCAUGUGUGUGGAGUGUGACGCUCAGUGUGAGAGAGCUGAAGAUGAUGGUCUGACCUGCACUGGACCGGGUCCUGAUCACUGUGUGAAGUGUCUCCACUUUAAAGAUGGGCCUAACUGUGUGGAAAAAUGUCCUGAUGGACUCCAGGGAGCCAAUAGUUUCAUCUUUAAAUAUGCAGAACCCAAUAAGGAAUGUCAUCCCUGCCACAUCAACUGUACCCAAGGAUGCACCGGGCCUAGGCUUCAGGACUGCAUUGGCAUGAUUGACAGGACUCCCCUGAUCGCGGCAGGGGUGAUUGGCGGCUUGUUCGUGGUGGUCAUUGUGGCGCUGGGCGUGGCCGUGUCGGUGAGGAGGAAAAGCAUCAAGAAGAAAAGAGCGCUCAGGCGCUUCCUGGAGACAGAGCUGGUGGAGCCUCUGACCCCGAGUGGUGCGGCACCUAAUCAGGCCCAGCUCAGGAUACUGAAGGAGACGGAGCUGAAGAGGGUGAAGAUUCUCGGUGCAGGGGCCUUUGGCACUGUCUACAAGGGAAUCUGGGUGCCUGAGGGUGAGACGGUGAAGAUCCCGGUGGCAAUUAAGAUCCUGAACGAGGCGACGGGACCUAAAGCCAAUGUGGAGUUCAUGGACGAGGCACUGAUCAUGGCCAGCAUGGAGCAUCCUCACCUGGUGCGUCUGCUCGGAGUGUGUUUGAGUCCCACCAUCCAGCUGGUGACCCAGUUAAUGCCUCACGGCUGCCUGCUGGACUAUGUACAUGAGCACAAGGACAACAUCGGCUCCCAGCUGCUGCUCAACUGGUGUGUGCAGAUCGCUAAGGGGAUGAUGUAUCUGGAAGAGCGGAGGCUGGUGCACCGGGACCUGGCAGCCAGGAAUGUGCUGGUCAAAUCCCCUAACCACAUCAAGAUCACAGACUUUGGUCUGGCAAGGCUGCUGGACGCAGAUGAAAAGGAAUACAAUGCAGACGGGGGGAAGAUGCCUAUUAAAUGGAUGGCCUUGGAGUGUAUCCACUACAGGAAGUUUACUCACCAGAGCGAUGUCUGGAGUUACGGAGUGACUAUCUGGGAGCUGAUGACGUUCGGAGGAAAGCCGUAUGACGGAAUUCCCACACGUGAGAUUCCCGACCUGCUGGAGAAAGGAGAGCGUCUCCCUCAGCCCCCCAUCUGCACCAUCGACGUCUACAUGGUCAUGGUGAAAUGCUGGAUGAUUGACGCAGACAGCAGACCGAAGUUUAAGGAGCUAGCAGCGGAGUUCUGCAGGAUGGCCCGUGACCCCCAGCGCUACCUCGUCAUCCAGGGUGAUGACCGCAUGAAGCUGCCCAACCCCAAUGAUAGCAAGUUUUUCCAGAGUCUGCUGGAUGAGGAGGAGCUGGAGGACCUGAUGGAUGCUGAGGAGUACCUUGUGCCUCACACCUUCAACAUCCCCCCUCUUACUUACACCACUCGCUCACGGCUCGAUUCCAACCGAAAUCAGUUUGCCUGUCAGGACGGCAGUUUUGGUAUGGAGGCCAUGAUGGCGACUAUACCCCGAGUGGUAGCCGUUUCCUCCGUAUCACCAUCCUGCUCCUCUCAAGAGACUCAGCAGGGUGCAGCAGGAGUCACAGAUGACCCUCGUUGUAAUGGUACCCUCAGAAAACAAGCAUCUCCCCGGGUCAGGACCGGAGAGGAAAGCAGUACUCAGCGCUAUAGCACAGAGCCCACACUGCUACUGAGUGAACGAGCAGCCAGAGCAGAAAAAGAUCAGGAUGGAUACAUGACUACUAAGAAGGAGAAGAAACCCACAGAUUAUCUCAACCCAGUGGAGGAGAACCCAUUCGUUACCCGCCGCAGAAAUGGAGAAGUCCAUAAUCUAGACCAGGGCCACCAUUCCAGCACCAAUGGUCAACCCAAGAUGGAAGAUGAAUAUGUCAACGAUCCCCUCUAUCUCAACACCUUUCACAAUACUGGAGAGAAGAAUCAGGAUGCCCUGCGUAAGAAUGGCAUCCCUGUGGCCCAUGCAGUGCUGGCAUCGGGCAACCCUGGUACUGCCAGUGGCCAAAAUGUUGCUCAGAAAGGUCACCCAUCACAUAGUGCUCCCUCAGGGCAUGGCCACAUCCCAGCACAGCCCAUUUACUCCACUCAGUCUGGUAUACCCACCCUUUCAAGCCACACCCUUCAUCCUUCACUUUCAGGCCACACCCUCCAUGCAUCCCAUACCCUCCACCCAGUUCACUCUGGCACUGUUGUAGCGGACAAAAAACCUAAAAAGACCUUUGACAACCCUGAAUACUGGCAGCACAGUCUUCCACCCAAGGCAACACUACAUGGGCCAGAGGUCUUGCAGGACUGCAGCACACGCUUCUUUUACAGGCAGAAUGGCCGCAUCCGGCCCGCUGUAGCCGAGAACCAGGAGUACCUAACAGAGUACGCCCUGAAAACAGGCACCGUGCUCCCACCGCCACCCUACCGUCAGAGGAACACAGUGGUGUAGGACCAUGGAAGCAAAAGAAGAACGAGAGUGGCAGGAGAGGAAGAAUAGGAGGAAGGGGGCAUUCAGAGUUUCUUCUAACCCUGGACCUUACACCAGUGCCAGUUCUCUUCUCUUCCCCUCCUCUCCUCUACUCUCCUCUACUCCGGACUGUAUUUGAUGCUUAAUUAGCACCCAGCUGGUGUUUCUCUCACCAAGACAGAUGAAAGACAACCAUGUCAGUCAACCCUUCUCCUUGUGCUACCCCUCCACUUCCCACUAUCACAAAUACUUACCAUGAUUACCAUCUUUGGCAUGUGGAAUUUGGAUUCCCUUGGCAAGAGAAUUACCCUUCCUCUGCAAUGCCAGAAUCUCUAUUUGCAUGAUACUGGAAUUGGUUUGGAGACAUUCUCGAGAACUGGUAGACAAGUAAACAUUUACAAAAUGGUCUCGGACUACCAAUCUACUGCCACACUGUGGACAUUUUUUAAAGAAGUCUGGACAGCACCAAGCACCAAGUUUGUCUAUGGGGGCCCUUUUUCUGCACUGCUACUACCCUAGUAAUUUGUUAGAUAUCAUAAUGCAAUUCCAUGCUAUAUUCUUUGUUACAGCUACAUUUUCAUCACUUAAAAAGUCCUAAGAGAGGUGUAUGGGACUCAUCUUUAGAGAGCCAUUGAGUCCUUAUAGUUGGUCACUGCCUUUCUUUUUAAAUAAACGCAUUAUAAAAGCAUUACAUCACCAUAAAGGCCCAAUGGCCUAAAGUUGGGACCAUAAAGUGCCAGUACAAACCCUAUGUGUCCAAAUACCCAUGCACAUACAAAAAGCCAAAAAAAAAAUUUCAGCUUGGCACUCUAUAUGGGUGAUACAGAGAGGAACUUAUGGCUACUGUAAAGUCUAUUGUUCGUAUAAAAAAAAAGGGUGCGUUCAAUAGUCUGCAGCAGUAUUUUUUUGGUCCAUUCAGCCAGCAUUGAUUUUUUUUCCCACCCAGCAACAGUUGUCACACAUCAAAGCACCAGUUGCGAUAAUGGACUAUAUACACAGAGGUAAUAAAACGACUAUACAGACUGCACAAACUGGAUCUAUCUUAAAUGCCUGAUAAUAAUGACCAAGGCAUAUUACGAAUCAAGAAUGGGUGAUACAGACCUUUCGGUCAAUGCUGACCUUUUGAUGAUGGCUUGAACGCUACAGAUCUGAGGAGCGAUAUGAAAUUGCGAUAGUCCGUCAAACGAGGGUCAGCGAGAGGCACACUGGGACUUGCUUUUGAUAGCAAGAGCUUGAGCUGGCACAAUUAACAGUGAUGCAGAGGAGCAUGACGAGGAACAAGUGCCAGGAAAAUUGUGCCAAGUGGGGGAUAAAAACAAAUAUUAUACAGCAUCAUUCGGGGCUGAGACUUAUGUUCUUGGUAUGGGUCUUCUCCCUUUGGACUAUGUUCAGCUGGAAAUACACACACAAAAAAGUUGUACUUCCUGCAACUUCAUAGGUUUGUAUUAUAAGAUAUAUGUUUCUUGUCAUGUUGGAGAACAAAUUGAACAAUGUCACACACACAGAGAGAGAGAGAGAGAGAGAGAGAGAGAUUGUGUCGAUCAAGUGUCCAAGGCCAGGAUUAUGUAGUAGUAGUUUUGAACACUGCCAGGCAUUAUGUUUUGCUGCUAAUGAAGGGACUUCACUUGUCUCUUAUGUAGGUUUUAAGAGCACUUAAUGGUCUGGCACUGUCAAUUAACGUCUCUCUUUUUCCAACCACUAAGACUGAUAAAUAUUUGACUCAUCCAUGUGAUUCCUCUUUUUUUUCCUAUUAGCCGAGGAAAGCCGACCUGCAUGUGUGGGUUGUGCUAUGUGGUUUGGUACAAUUCUUUCUUUCUUUCUUUCUUUUUAUUUGAAUAUUAUAUAAAGGGUUAAGAUCUGGUACUGAUGUGUUGUACCCACAGAUUAACUCAGAAUUUUUCUUUAAUGGGAUUCUAUUGACAUUUCUCCAUGACCAGCCUAGCAUAAUAUAGUGUAUAUUAGAUGAGAUGAGAUUUUCGGAAGGGUUUUUAUUUUUAUUUUUCGUUUCAUUUUUCUGUAUAGAUCAGUGUGUGCCCUCAUUUCUGGUUUGUCCUUCUACUGAAAUUGAAAUUGGCACUAAUUGCAUACUGUACCAGAUGGUUUUUUUUCCUCUCUUUCUUUUUCUUUCUUUCUUUAUAAAUGAAGUACUGUUUGCUGUAAAUAACGUAAUUACUUUUCAAGUGCUCUCCAGCUGAAAACAAUGAAAAGUAACACCAAAUUGCUUCACCACAUAUCCCAAAGGUAUAUGGGCUAGAUCAAAUUAAAUUAUUCUUAAAUUAUUCCAACAUCUGAAAUAGAUACAAAUAGGCUACACAGGAUCGAUUCGAUUCAUGGUUGAUUUUCAUUAUUAUUAUUUUUUUUAGCUCUUGGCAAAUGCUUAAUGUAAUGACUACACUGGAUUAAGUGCCAAGGCCAGAUGACUACUCUAAUUACGUGCAUAAUUACUGUUAGACAACUAAACUGAGGUGAAAGGGAAAAUCUACUAAAUAUGACGGAUGAGACUGCUACUUCUGCUCACAUCGAAGCUAUAGUUAUAGUAAGAUUUUCACUGCAACCAUGAUUCGAGCAUAUAUAUAUAUACACGAUCCAUUAACUGUACACGAGAGAAUGGUGUCCUGUGACGUGAACGCAGAGAGGUGAACGUUUUUCCUUAGUUAUUAAUAAUAGUUAUAAGCAUAAAGUAAACGUACGGCAUAAUAACCAGUUCUUUUUGUCACGUUUCACAAAGCAUAAAAAGGUUUCUUAUUCUGCCUUGGAAACCAUACGGAAAGCAGCUAAGGAGGAUGGAGGGUUUGGGGAGGAAAUUCUGUGUAUAGAUGUAGCAAAAACACUGGAACAGAGAGCUCUCCUUAAUAAUUGUAAUAAUAAACAAGCAGCUAAUACAUUCAUAUCUAGACCAAAACACUGAAGGAGAAACAAACGUCUGUGAUCACCUAGGAGAAUUGAAGAAGGGUUGUGUGGCAGCUUGGGAAAAAAAAUCAUUCACAUGGUCAGUUUGUUGAAACCGGUGUCUUACAUGCGUAUACAGUUAUAGUUCUAUCGUCAUUUUACACUAUUCUUACAAUUAAAAGUGAAAACAAAAAAAGAUUUCAUUCCAGUUCGACUAAAAGACAAAAUCUCAGCAUUCAUAACCUAAUAUUUUUACAGAGAUGCAACAUUACUGCCAAUUUUUUAUUUUUUAUUUUUUUCAUUUCUGCGAAAUGGGGUUCUAACUCAUUGCAUCUGAUUUAUUCAUUUGUUCAUUUCUUGACUAAAUUUCCUGCUAACAAGUGUCUUUUUUUAUUAUAUAAUUUGCUAUCAUUUGCUGAAUUGCUUAAUUUUGCUGUUUUCUUUUCCCCUUCAAAAUUUGCGAUGUAGCUUCCAGAGUUUUUUGUGCUUUGUUUUUCCACUUGAACUGAUGACAUUGAGGCAUUGGAUUCUUAUAUUAACUUCUUAUUUUUUUAACUUUUUUUUUUUUAUAUUUUACUCCUACCAGUGAAGACAUUAUGUAAUCAUUUCCUAUGAGUAUUGUAUUGUAAGACAUUACGUAAUCACUUCUUACACUCAGGUUUGAGUCACAUGAAUGGAAGAAGGAUUUAAGUGAAUGCGUGUUGUGUUGUGAUGUCACAUGACACGUCCCGGCCUAAAUCUGCAGAAAAUCAGAGGUAAUUGACAAAUAUUGUGGAGUUCAGAAUUAUUUCCUACAGUAACAGGGUAACAGACAGAAACUUAAAUAAAUAAAUAAAUAAAUUAAUUAAUUAAUUAAAUAAAUUAAAUAAAUAUUAUUAUUAUUAUUAUUAUUAUUAUUAUUAUUAUUAAUAAUAAUAAUAAUAAUAAUAAUAAUAUAGUGUCCAAAUUUAGCUGGUCAAAAUCCUGUUUGUCAGAAUUUAGCCACAGCGACAGUCUAAGCUUUUUUCCCAUGCCUCCACACAGAUAAUAGACGUAAAGAAAUUCAAUGAAAAAAUGAAAUCUUGAUCUUAACCUCAUUUCUCUUUCUUAUAAAUAUUCAAGCAAACCUUUCAAAAUGUGACCCUUUUGUAAAUAUCUGGAUUUUUUUUUUUAAUUAUUUUUAUUUUUUUGUUUGUUUUUUUUUCCUGAUAAUGUAAUCAUGUGAAACUGGUAUUGAAAUGUCAGUGAAGGUUUCUUUAUUUUUUUUAUUUUUUUUUUUUAAAUUUUUUUGUUCAUUUAAUGCUUGAAGGUAACAUCUCUAGGUAUUCUACUUGUUUAUUUUUUUAUUUUUUUCCUGCGAUUCCUGCUAACCCUUUUACUUGGCUUUGAAAUAUGUUUAUGUGUCUUUGAGGAAAAGAAAAAAAAAUAUGAUUAAAUGAUAUACAGUUGGACAAGCAGAAAGACAAAGCAAUUAAAUCAAAUCUAACCCAAGGCCAUGUGAUUUCAGGAUAUUUUAGCACACUGUUGUUAAGCAAUUAAUUGCAAGUACUAAUUGAUAUCUAUCAGUGCUAUUGACACUUUAAUGAGGGAUUGGCAUGAAGAAGUACAGGGUUUGUUUAUGGGUGGUGGUUUAUCUUUCACUGUCUCUUUCAUAUUUGCUGUCAUUUAUUUCUCUCAUGUCUUUAUGUGACCGGAAAAGAGAGAGAGAGAAAGAGAGAGAGAGAGAGAGAGAGAGAGAGAGAGAGAGAGAGAGGGAGAAAGACUAAGCACAGUUUACACAUCCUCCGUUUUAUAUUCAACCACUUAAGGGGAGGUGAAAUCUUCCUGAUAUUAAAAUAAAAUAAAAAAUAAAAAAAAUCAAGAACAACAGUGAAAAAAACAAAAACACUUUACAAUGGUCGUUCCUCGAGAUUUUACUACUGUUAACUGAGAAAAUGUGAAUAGUAUUUUUAUAGCUUGUUGAACUGGCCAGGUCAAUUUGUAAAUAGAUGGUACUCAUUCUCUUUUAGACUGUUCAGAUUGCUUCUUUUUUUUAUUUUUAUUAUUAUUAUUAUUAUUAUUAUUAUUAUUAUUAUUAUUAUUAUUAUUAUUAUUAUUAUUAUUAUUUUUAAAACAGCAUCUCACUCUGUCUUUGUUUAACUACAUUAUGUUGUGUGUGUAUGUGAGAGAGAGAUCAGUUACUCCUGUAUAUAUCUGUAAUUUGAGCAGCACUUAUUUUGUUCACAGAAUUUGUGGGAAUUAUUAUUAUUACUAUUAUUAUUAUUAUUAUUUUUAAUUUUUUUUAGCACCCUGAUGUGAUCCUUGUGAUUGUAUUUAGCCCAGCUUGGUGGACCUCGUGUUCUUUAAUCUCUGCCCUUUGCCCUAAGUGGUCGGAGUCCUUCGUUUUCUUCUUUCUGUCAGGUAUAACCUCACUUGCAUCCUUAUUUUUAUCUUUUGUACAGAAUAUUGCUGUGGAGGGAGUUCUCUGCAGCUCUCUUGCAAUACUGGUUAUAUCCCUUCGGUGUGACAUUUUUCCCCCUCUUGCCUCAGUGCAAGGUGUUUGGUUUUGAUUCAAUUAAUAUUUCAGUCAAGGCCAUACAGUACCGAUUAAACAUUUCGGUACAUGUCGAGGAAAAAUAGGACAUGGAAUCACUCAUAUGGUCCCAGUGACACUGAGAAGUUUGACCUGUAUGACUUUAAGACUCCUGGUCCUGGACGGCUUCUCCGUCUGAGACGCAGCUCCGAUGUGGCUCCCGUUAAUUGCCCUCCUAAUGGUGUUUCUCCGUGAGAUUAAUGUGUCGUUAUGUAUUAUCCACUUUGACAAAUUGAAUAAUUGAUCGGACGGCUCAUUUCGCCUCCCCGAGCUCUGACUGAUGGCUUGUCAGAGCAAAUUCUCGUCUUUUUUUUUUGUGUUUUUUGUUUUUUUUUGAGAGGCACCACAGAGAGCAGUGCAGUAGGAGGUUGGGUUCCUGCUGAUUCGAUGCUCUUCCCAUUUCCCCUUUUCCUCCCCCUCAAAAAAAGUUUUGUUACAUGAAUCUGUCAAAAGUAUAUUUUUAAUUUAAUAUAAAUAAAUAAAUGCCAUUACAGUACCUAAAA